GUCCGCCUCGAGGUUUUGCGUAUAAGUUGACUGCGUUUAAGACCACGGGGGUUUUGCAGGCAGUCCUGUCACACACCACCACCAGGCUCUACUACCAGGGGUCCCUUAGUUGUUUUACUGCAGCACCCAGGUUAGGGUAAACUUGAAAGGAGAUGGUGAAGGUGGUCAGGAACGCGACAGCGCCUAGUUGAAGGAAUUUGACAAGAUUCCCCUAUUUAUGAAAAAAGCGCCAUCAGAAAUUGACCCCGAGGAGUUUCCUGACUUGGCCUGCCUCCAGUCGAUGAUUUUUGAUGAUGAUCGAUAUCCAGAAGAGCAAGCCAAGACCUAUAAAGAUGAGGGCAAUGACUACUUUAAAGAAAAAGACUAUAAGAAAGCUGUGCUUUCAUACAGUGAAGGGUUGAAGAAGAAGUGUGCAGACCCUGAUUUGAAUGCUGUCCUGUAUACCAACCGGGCAGCAGCACAGUACUAUCUCGGCAAUGUUCGUUCUUCCCUCAAUGAUGUGCUGGCUGCCAAGAAGCUAAAGCCCGGUCACCUGAAAGCCAUCAUAAGAGGUGCCCUGUGCCAUCUUGAACUGAAACACUUUGCUGAGGCUGUGAACUGGUGUGAUGAGGGACUACAAAUUGAUGCCAAAGAGAAGAAACUUCUAGAAAUAAGGGCAAAAGCAGACAAGCUAAAGAGGAUGGAAGAGAGGGAUCUGAGGAAGGCAAAGUUGAAAGAAAAGAAGGAACAGCAUCAGAAUGAGGCUCUGCUCCAGGCCAUCAAGGCUAGGAACAUCAGGCUUGUCUCUGAAUCAGCCGGUGAGGAUGAAGAUUCAGCCUCCAAUGGUCCAGCUGAGAUACUCCUGGAUGGGCUCAGCUCUGAGAACCCCUAUGGAGCCAGGCUAAGUAUAGAUGACCAGGGCAGGCUGAGCUGGCCUGUGCUGUUCCUGUACCCGGAGUACGCGCAAUCAGACUUCAUCUCUGCUUUUCAUGAGGACACCAGGUUUAUUGACCAUCUAAUGGCGAUGUUUAGUGAAGCACCCUCCUGGGACUCAGAGCACAAGUACCACCCAGAGAAUCUGGAGGUCUACUUCGAGGAUGAGGACAGGGCGGAACUAUACCAGGUGUCUCCCGAUAGCACCCUGUUGCAGGUGCUGCAGCACCCCAGGUGCUGCGUGAAGGCCCUUACCCCGGCAUUCCUGGUCUGUGUAGGAUCCUCGCCUUUCUGUAGGAAUUACCUCCAGGGGAAGAAGGUGCACAGGUAACAUGGGAGCCAGACCCUGGGGUCUCUUCCCUCAACUUCCUCUGCUGGACUUUGUACACGGGAAUCAUCUGGCCUAGAGUGUAGCACUCUAUCCUCAGGGACAGUGGUUCCCAGCCUCUUGUUGGGGAAGAAGCUGCAGGACCCCCUGAACCUAAGCCUGUCUGGCUGAGUGCUGGGCUCCAGCUGGGCCGCACUCUCCUCAGAUUCACAGCCCUGCCCUGGCCAGUACAUCUUUGGAGUCCAUCUCUGAAAAAAUCAUCCACUGCAGUUACCAGAAUAGCUGGCCUUGGUAACUCCCUAGCCCAGAGACUGUCGCAGGAUGCAGUGACAGUCUUAACCUUUGUGGCAUCGGGCACAUACAGAAGGCACAACUCCAAGGCAAUAAACCAGCCCUGCACAUACUCUAAGGCCUUAAGGCUUGAAAGACUGGCUCAGUUGCUUCACCAGCCUGGAGGAAAGCUAAGAUGCUGUGGAUGCCAUGAAGUGACUGCAGCCAUGAAGCCACAUCCUGUUCUGUUGACUGUAUAAACUUGGAUCCUGGGACUACUCAGAGCCCUACUGGAUUCUCUACUUCUCAAUGCCCAUGCAAGGGCUUGUGCCACAUCUGACAGAAGCUUGAGGAGUCAAUGGGCAGUGGUUUGCAAGUAGGCUUGUGUUGUUUUCCCUUUAUUGUGAGGUCUCAUUUCUGAAAUAGGAGUAGUCCUGGUGUCUGAGCAAAGCCCACAGCAGCUGGCCUAAAGCCAUUGUUUGUUACAUGAGUGGCAAAUGUGUUUGUAGUAAACACUUGAGAUUUGGGGGAUUGUUCGUCAAUAUAGGAAAACUGACUAAUACAUUAUUAAACUGAAACCAGCUGGUGGCCUUCAGAUGGGCUAAUAUGAGAUCUUGUGUUGUUUGUGUCCUUGUUUCUUGAAGAGAAAUUGUUUGAAAUAUUUAGGGAGACAAGUGCAGCUUUCUUUACCAGAGCAGGUCCCUGUAAAUCCACUAAACCCUACCCCCAACACACACACACACACACACACACACACACACACACACACACACGUUUUGGAAAUACUGCAGACAUUCUCUCCUCAGUCAGAGACUUUCCUCUGACUUCCUUUUUAAGAACUCAAAGUCUAUGUGAGGGGCCUAAAAGUGUCUCUGUUCUGUGGGUGUGGUCUUAAGACCCUCAUCCUAGCUGCGUGGAAGUCAGUCUUCCACUAGCAACCUUCAAAUGAAGAUGUAGAACUCUCAGCUCUGCGUGCACCAUGCUUGCCUGGAUGCUGCCAUGUUCCUGCCUUGACGUUAAUGGACUGAACCUGUAAGCCAGCCAAUUAAAUUUUGUCCUU